AGAUUGAUUUAUUUGGUUUAGAAAUACUUUCCUUGAACCUAUUAAAAAACGUAACACCAGAAUUAUCAUAACAAAACACAUUGAAAUGUGAGAACUAUAACAAGAUGAAAAUCUGACAGGUACAAUUAGUAUGACAUAAAGCAGGAGGAGGUGAACCAAAACCUUCAAUUAAACAUUUUGGCAUUUACACUUCUUAAUUCUUAGACUUGUUAAAAAGGUUGGGAACAACAUGAAAGCCAUUUAUAGCUUAACAAUGAAAGGAGGAUUACUACUACUUAAUUUUAUUUCACUGACAAAGUGCCUUCUACAAAAUCCAGCCCAUGGGACAGGAACAUGAUCUUGGCCACACCUUGGUAUUACUGGUUUGCAGCAUUAUUUCCCUGUCCGUUUCUGAAUCCUUUUCUACAUGGGCUCAAACAAUAGCAACUCUGGCAAGAAUCCUUCUAUAUACACAGUGAAAAAAUACCUCUGAGCUCCGCAAGUGAUAAAUCAAGUGUCACACUGCUUUUCGUAACACCCAAAGGCAACAGUCAAGUUGACUAAAACUCGAAGGACUCUAUAAUGGCUUUAGUCUUUAGAACAGCAAUGCAAUCGGUUGGUCUUGCAUUAUCUCUGCUCGGAUGGGUUUUAUCCUGUCUUACAAACUAUCUGCCACACUGGAAGAACCUCAAUCUGGACUUAAAUGAAAUGGAAAACUGGACCAUGGGACUGUGGAAAACCUGCGUCAUCCAGGAAGAAGUGGGGAGACAAUGCAAGGACUUUGAUUCCUUCCUGGCUUUGCCGGCUGAACUCAGGAUCUCCCGGAUUUUAAUGUUUCUGUCUAACGGGCUGGGGUUUCUCGGCCUGCUGGUCUCGGGGCUUGGCUUGGACUGUCUGAGAAUUGGACAGAGACAGCAAGAUCUCAAGGGGCGACUGCUAAUCCUGGGAGGAAUUCUGCUCUGGACCUCAGGAGUCACGGCCCUCAUUCCAGUCUCUUGGGUUGCCCACAUCACAGUCCAGGAGUUCUGGGAUGAGAGUAUCCCAGAGAUUGUCCCCAGGUGGGAGUUCGGGGAAGCCCUGUUUCUUGGCUGGUUUGCUGGGCUUUCUCUUCUGCUAGGCGGGUGUCUGCUUCACUGUGCAGCCUGCUCGGUGCCAGGCCAUAUUGUAACUCCAUGCUUAUGUUUAAUUAUUUUACACAGCAACUGCACAAUUUUACAUUCCUGA